AUGGCACCCAUCCAAUUCGGCGUUAUCAUGAUACCCUUUCAGCUCACAGAUGUUGCCGGGCCCGUGGAUAUUUUAUCCAGUACCUCCAUUCCUUACCUGGAGGAGUUUGGCCGCCCAGACCUAGCCCAGCGUGGCAUUGAUAUCGAAUUUCACUAUGUCGGCGAUGAACCUGUUACCCAUGCCGCAGGUUUCAAAUCUCAACCUACAGUCGCCAUGGCCGACUGUCCAAAGCUUGACUAUCUCCUCAUCGGUGGACCUUCGCCAAAAUACAUCGAAGAGAUCCCGCCCGCCAUUGCAAACUUUGUGCGCGAGCGGACUGCCGAAGUCAAGAACGUCUUCACCACCUGUACCGGUGGAAUGUUUGCGUCUGCAUUGGGUCUCCUCGACGGCCUAGAUGCCACGACCAACCACGAAGCCAUUGCACUUGCAAGGGACCUUGCCCCCAAUGUCAAGUGGACAACAGAGAAAAACUGGGUCGUUGACGGCAAAUUUUGGACUGCGGGCGGCGCAUGCGCUGGCAUGGAUAUGAUGGCUCACUGGGUUGUGGAAAAUUACGACCAAGACGUGGCCAAGGCCGGGUUUGCAGCUCUUGCUUAUGAGCCGCGUGGCGUGAAAGGCAAACAUGUCCCGCUGAGCGAGAUCUAG